AACAUAUAUCUGAUUCUGGUCAUAUAAUAAUUAAUUAAAUGGCAUCUUCAGACAGUAGUAAUAAUAUUAGCACAGAGAAAUACAGAUCAUAUUUGAAUGAAGAAGAUGAUGUUAAGAACAUCAAAUGGAGAUAUGGUGCUCCUCCUAACUACGACGUCGUAAACAAGCUCUUCGAAGAAGGCCGAACGAAGAUAUGGAGUGCUGGUUCAGUUGAAGAAAAGGUGCAGAAUCUAGUGAAGACAUGGGAAAUGGAGAUGUUUCACAAAGUCAACUUUGAUGAGUAUAAAACUGUGGACCCUCUUAAGUAUAGGUUUAGUCUUAAUGGAAGAAAAGCACUGUCACUCGAAGAGAAAAGAAAGCUUGGAGGAGGAGGUUACAAUUCCUUGCUGCAAACAUCCUUACCAGAAAAGUUCAGGUGCUUCAAUCCAGCGGAGGAAACAGUUGACUCGUCGCACCUUGCUUUCACAACGGCGUUUCCAAGAGGAUUCGCUCUGGAGAUUAUUCAGGUGUACUCCGGUCCACCGGUUAUCGUGUACAAGUUCCGGCACUGGGGUUUCAUGGAGGGCCCUUUUAAAGGCCACUCUCCUACCGGUGAGAUGGUUGAAUUCUUUGGCAUGGCCAUUUUCGAGGUUGAUGAGAAUUCGAAGGUUGUGAAGGUCGAGUUUUUUUACGAUCGAGGGGAGUUGCUUGGUGGUCUUGUGAAGGGGGCUGCAUUAUCCGACGAUGUUGUUACUAUGAGUAAAGACGUUUCUUCGAGCUGCCCUUUUUUGAGUAGCAACACCGGAUAAUACAAGAACACGAUUAUUACAGAAUUCGAUGUUGUUGUUAAUUCCUAUUGCGCAUGGUUUUGUACUGUAGAAUAAAUAAUGUGUGAACCACAACUACCAGUCUACCACCAUAUGUCGUAUAGUAUCCUUAAUGAAUUCUCUUGUUUUCCAUUUAAUAUUUUGCAAUUCUUUUGUCUUGACCAAGAAAAUAUAGUAUGUAAAUGAAUUUAUUAA